CUUAUCAACCCUGAACCUUAAUCCCUCAAUAAAUGCUUCCUUCUAAAGUCUGCACCACCCUCUUUGUCUUGAUCCAAAUCCAAACACCUUUAAAUUAUUCCUCCCCCACAAACAUCCACAUCUCCAUCACAUUAUGUCACACAUCUCUUCAUGCCCCACCACUCUUUCAUGUCACACAUUUCUUCUCCCCAGAUCCUUUUCACCUCAUCAAAGUCUAAGCAUCCUCUCCACCCUUCUCUCCCUGGUCUGUCUUCUGAGUAGGAGAAGCUCCGAGCUCUCCCUCCUCCUGUUCUCUUGCACUCACUACUCAUUUCUAUAUUUCCUCCACUUUCAUAGCUAGCCUUCCAUCUUCUUCUCUCUUCCUCAUCACCUUCUUAUUCUUCUUCAUCCUUAUUCACAUAAAGAUUUGUAUUUUACUCACAAAAAUCUAUUUUUAAUUUAGUUUUCCAUCCCAUCACCUUUAUUUUGGUGUAAUUUUCUACCAAAUACCUUAUUUUUUGGUCUUCCCCGCAUGGCGGGGCUCGAUCUCGGCACUGCCUCCCGCUUCGUCCACCCUCUUCACCUCCACCUUCCUCACGCGAAGCCGGACUCCGACGACUCCCCUGUCGCCACUGACGAGGCCGCCAACCAUGGGCUGGAGCUGUCCGCCCCAGCCGGACCCGGGGACGUCAUCGGCCGCAGGCCCCGGGGCCGCCCCCCGGGCUCCAAGAACAAGCCGAAGCCGCCGGUGAUCAUAACCCGAGAGAGCGCCAACGCCCUGCGCGCGCACAUACUGGAGGUCGGCAGCGGCUGCGACGUCUUCGAGUGCCUCUCCACGUACGCCCGCCGCCGGCAGCGCGGGGUCUGCGUGCUCAGCGGCAGCGGGACCGUCGCCAACGUGAGCCUCCGCCAGCCCGCCGGCUCGCCCGUUGCCACCCUGCAGGGCCGCUUCGAGAUCCUGUCCCUCUCGGGCUCUUUCCUCCCGCCGCCAGCACCGCCGGGGGCGACCAGCCUCGCGGUCUUCCUGGCCGGCGGCCAGGGGCAGGUGGUCGGGGGGAGCGUCGUCGGGGCGCUAAUUGCGGCGGGGUCCGUGACGGUGAUCGCGGCGUCGUUCACCAACGUCGCCUAUGAGAGACUGCCGUUGGACGAGGAGGAGGAGGAGACGGCCGCCGCGACGCAGCAGCUCCAGAUGCACCCGCCGGCGUCACAGAGCCCAAGCGGCGGCGGAGGUGGGACAAGUGGUGCCCUCGGGCCUUCCUUCACGGACCCGUCGUCGGGGCUGCCGUUCUUCAAUUUGCCGCUCAACAUGCCGCAGCUGCCGGUGGACGGGCACGGCGGGUGGCACGGGAGUGCCGCCGCUGCAGCCCGACCGCCAUACUGAUCGGGGAUCCAAACCGUGGCAGAAGAAAGAAAAGCUAUGGGUUGAAGACUGCUACUGCUAUUGAAGCAUCGAUUUUACUUCUCUUUCUAUCACUGAUCUACCUCUUCCUUUUAUCUACAGGUUUGUGAGAAGUUAUUGAAUUGAUGCAAGUAAACAUUUUUCUUAUAGCAAAGAAAAGUAACUUUCAAUCUCACUA